AAAAUUCCGAGCUUCGUUCCGGGAGGCGGUGUCUUGCUCUACCCGGCCAGGGCCAACAAUGGCAAAUCUGUAAAUAUGCAGUAAACUCCUGUCACUGCGAGAAAACAAGAAAAAGGAGAGUGAUGAGGCUUCUGGAGUUCGUCCCCUGUGGCCGUCCCGCGGCUCUGCCGGAGGACUCUCCGCCGAGCCCGAGGCUGACGGAGGAGGCGCCGCCGCCGAGCCCACGGCUGACGGAGGAGGCAGCGGCACCGCCGCUUUCCCCGACGACUUGCGCUUAUGCUGAGAAGCCCCGGCGGAGACCCUCACACGGGUCGGCGUCGCCGUGGAGGCCGUCGCUCGUCGCUAUCUCCGAGGACGGCACGACGGUGGCGACGGCGGGGGUCGCCGCGAAGGGUGCGGGUCGGGGCGGUGGAACGCGGAUGUCGAGGGCCAAAUCGACGGGGAGGGUUUUUGCUCGCAAGGAACGAGACGACUUCCGGCACUAUGGAGUUCCCACGGUCAUGCCUUCGUUUUCUCCCGCUGCCUUCUUGUUCUGAAGCUCUCCGUUUGAAGAACUAGAAGCAAAAUGUCUUGUGCUUUCUUGACGUAAAUGGAAAAUUGUGACUUAUGUGUUGUUUCUUAAUAAUGCAAAUUUGUAGUGCUUCUGUGCAUAAUUCAAUUGUUUUAUAAGUCUACUUUUUGCUUAUUUGCUUGCUGUGCAAUAUUGAAAGUUAGCUGCUUGGAAUUCCCUGAGGGCAUAAAGCCACAAUAUAUAAUAAAUGGUUGCAAGCCCUUCAGUU